UUUUUCUCAAAAUGUCUUCUCAUUCCGAAGACCAUCAAAACAAACGAGAUCAGCCAAAGCAUCAUUCAUCUCCAUCCUCAGACACAAAUAAUAAUCACCAACCAGCACCAGCACCACCAUCACAACCUCCACCGCCACCACAACCACCCAACAACCAAUCUCCGGCACACGGUUAUCCGCCGGCGAUGGGUUACCCUCCGCAAAUGGUGCAUACCCAUGGCGGGCCAUACCCCGGCUACCCUCCCCCUCCUCAUGGUUAUAACCAAUACCCUUACGCACAACUCCCACCAGGUGCCCCUUAUUACAAUCAGGGUUAUGCAUCUCCCCAGCAUGAUCGAUGUUCAGGAUUCGCGCGUGGAAUUAUUGCAGCUAUGUUUGUUUUAAUUGUUCUUACCUGCCUCUCAAGCCUAAUCACCUGGGCCGUUUUACGUCCGCAAAUCCCAGUUUUCCACGUAGAUAACAUGUCUGUCUCCAAUUUUAAUACCUCAACUCCUUUCACGGCAACAUGGGAUACAAAUCUCACAUUGGAAAACCCAAAUCAUAAGUUAAGACUUUACUUGGAUAAAAUCGUGGGUGCCAUGUUUUACGACGAUGAGGAGUCCUUGGGUUCUUCUUGGCUUAACCCUAUUUUCAUGGAGACCAAGACCAAAGCCACGAUGAAUGCUAUCAUUUCCGCCAAUGGUUCAGCUCAAAACGCGGUGCCGAUUUGGUUAACCCAAGAAAUGAGCAAGGAUCGAGCCACGGGAUCCCUGACUUUUGCCUUGAGGUUUCGUAUAUGGGCGACGUUUAAAACUGGUUCCUGGUGGACUAGAAGUUUGGUGAUUAGAGUUUUAUGUGACGAUUUGAAGGUUAAUUUCGUGGGUGCUUCAGGAAAUGGGGCUUUGGCACCUGGAAAACGUGACAAUUGUGAUGUUUAUGCCUGAGUAAUUAAUCUGCUCUUUUUUUUUUUUUCCUUCUUUUCAUGCUUGGUUGAUUUUUUUUUGGGGGAUUACAAAAAUGGAGAGGGUUAAUUCAGGAAUUUGUUACUGUAGAGAUAAUAUAAAUAUUUUUUUCUUUUAUUGAUUUGAAUAUUUGGACAUACAUUUGUAAUAUUGUUCUUCCUUUUUGUUUGGUUGGAGGUGGAGAAACUGGAAAUAGUACCAUAGGAAAAGAAAUG